CCCCCUGCUCUAACCCACCAACCCCCCAGCGGUGGAAAGAACCCAGGCGUCCGGGCUCCCCAGAGGCCCCACCCCCUGCCCAAUCCCGUCCUUCCUGUAACCCGAUCAGCUGCUGGAUUUUCCCCGUCUCGGGCCGGGCGCGGAGCCUGUUCCCCUCCCUGCCACGCUCCCGGCCCCGCCGCCCGCCCCGGUCCCCCCACUUCGGGGCGCUCGGUGCUCCCGGCCCCGCCGCCCGCCCGGGUCCCCCCCACUUCGGGGCGCUCGGUGCCCCCGGACCCCGCCGCCAGGCCGGACCGGCGCAGCCAUGGAGCGAGAUUUCCCGGGGACCCCCCGCCCCCCGCAGGGGGACUCGUGAUACUGGGGUGACCCAGCACUGAGGAUGUGAGACUGAAACAAACCAGCUGUCGGAUCUUUCAGGGGAUCAAGGAUUUCGGGGGGUUCCUGCCCCAGAGAGUCAGGGGAGUGAAACUGGUGAAGAUCGGUAUUUUUCCAAGGGUCAGUAUUUUGCCGGGGGCGGACAAUUCUUGACAUCAGAAGAGACACGUUGGGGUGGAUUGAACCAGCCAGUGUGUUUUGGGCCCCCCCCCCUGCAUUUUGGGGUGAAUUAGCACCAUUUCCAGUGGCUACAACUCAGGGGGUGAAAUUAACAAGGAGCCAUAUUUUGGGGGGUCUUUGAGCUCUGCCCCCAGCCCAGAGAAUUCACGGGGUGAAAUCAACAAGGAUUUGUCUGUGUGGGUGGAAAGGACAUUUUGGGGUUCUGUUAGCCCUGGCGCUGGUGGAUAGAAUUGGACCUCGACAACACACCUCCCGACUGGCUGAGGGACCACCGUUUAGGGGUGAGGGACCCCAGGCCCAGCAGAGGCGGCCGAGGGAGAUUCGCAUCUUUGGGUGACAGCAGCUGCCAGUGGGACUGAAGUUAACCCGGACGUGAAUGAAAUUUGUGGCUAUUCUGUGGUGAAGGGUCCCCGAUACUGCAAAAUCGAGGGGCUGACGUCUGGUUCUGGGGAGCAGCACGGGACCCUGAACUAACCGUGUGUUUGUGGAAGGCGGCUUUAGAGGGGAAAACGCCCCAGAGAGAGUUUCGGGGAGGCUGGUGCGUUGGAGAGGGGAGCUGGCUACUGCCCCACGGUCUGGACCCCUCUCACUGCUCCCUCCGUCCCCCCACACCCGAGUGUUGAUUUUAUUUGGGGCGCUGGAUUCUCGCCGGUUUCCCCCCAUGUCCCUAAACAGAGCCAAGGCCUGGCUGACAAGACUCCGCUGGUGGGGGCGCGAGGCAGGAAAAGAGGGCGGGCUGACGGAGGCCCCCCGGAAAUCGCAGUGGUGGGGUGCCCGGCGCCUCCUGGCUCUGAUCGGAUGGGGCCGCGCCGGGGAUCCGGGCCCUGCCCCGGGACAGGGCCUCUUCUCUAGGGUCUCCCAGGUCCCUCAGUAUCUGUCCCCCCACCAGCCACCGGCCGACAUCCCGGAGCAUUUCCAGAUCUGUUUCAACUUCGCCCGGCACCUCUUCGACCUGUGCGUGGUGACUCUGCUCUGUGCCUGCUCCCCGGCUUUCCGGCUGCUCCUGGAUAUUUUGGGGUUCAGGGGGCCCCUGAAAGUCUGGCUCCACGGGCUGGCCACCUUCCUUGUCACCACCUACGGGAUGUACCUGGCCCUGUGGCUGGUCCAGAAAUACCUGCUGCAGUUCGCCUGCCUCUACGGCUUCCUGCAGACGCUGGUGCUGUGCGUGAGCAUCCGGGCCGCCGAGGAGGAGGAGAACGGGGGUGGCCCGGCGGGACUGGACCCCGGCGGUGGGGCAGAGGCAGAGAGGACGGAGUGACAGCCCCAGCCGUCCGCCUCGCACCUCAGCAAUAAAUCACAGAGUCAACCAGCGUCUGGGUGUGCGUGCGAGGUCCGAGCUCCGCCCACUUUCCACGUGGAGACACAAGACUCCGGCACUAUGGGGGCGAGGGCACCAGGACUUAGCCCCGCCCCCCUUGGGUACAGAGACGUGAGACUCCGCCCCCAGGCACUUGUGAGAGGGGGCCGGGGACUGGCUGGCUCAGGAGUUUGGGGGAUGUGUGUGUGUGGUGGGGUCAGAACCACUACAGGGAAGGAACCAAUCAGAACCGCUGGGAUCCAGCCAAGCUGCAAGUGGAUCUGGCGGGGGAGGGGAAAGCGGAUUGGAACCGCUCCGGGUCCGGGAGGGCAAAGGGAUUU